GAAUGGAAAUAAUUCCUAUAUUCUCUAAACUGUGUGUUAGUAUUAUACUAGGAAAAGCUGACAAAGUAUGAACUACCACUGGCAUUAGCAUAAAACAGAUGACACAAGAUACAGAUUCAUCUGCCAGGAGAACACAUUUGUUUUGCACAUCAAAACCUUUGGACUGGAAGAAAGUGAAUACACAUUUUCGAACGCUAUGUAGUUGUCACUGCAAAAAAAACUGUAACUGCAUAGGAGAGGAGCUCUUGGUCCUAAAACAUAAAAUGGGGAGAGUCCAAAUAGAAGAUUUUGUAGCUGGAUACCUUGGAGGGGCUGCUAGUGUUAUUGUGGGACACCCCUUGGAUACUGUUAAGGCUCGACUACAAGCUGGUCAAGGAUAUGGAUCUACAUUUAACUGUAUUCAAACAAUUUACAGGAAUGAAAGUGUUGCUGGAUUCUUUAAAGGAAUGUCCUUCCCUUUGGCUACCAUUGCAAUUUAUAACUCAGUAGUAUUUGGUGUAUUCAGCAAUGCGCAGAGAUUUAUUAGUCAAUAUCGAGAUACAAGUCGAAGACAUCCUCCAGAUCUUAUAGAUGUGACUUUUGCAAGUAUGUUAGCUGGAUGUGUUUCAGUGGGAAUUGGUGGACCAGUGGACCUUGUAAAGAUAAAACUGCAAAUGCAAACUCAAUGUGCUUCUUCAGAGGUUGUAUCACUGACUCAGAAUACAUCCAUACAUCAUUAUAAAAAAACCUACAAAGGUCCAGUACAUUGUGUGAACUGCAUCCUGAGGAAGGAAGGCCUUUUGGGGAUGUAUCGUGGAGCAGGAGCAAUGGUUCUGAGGGACAUUCCAGGAUAUUGCUUGUACUUUAUACCCUACAUAUAUUUAAGCGAAUGGCUGAAAUUAGAUCAUCACACAACGCCAAGUGCUUUGUCUGUGUGGCUGGCCGGUGGCAUUGCAGGAGCUAUUUCCUGGGGCACUGCUACUCCAAUGGAUGUAAUAAAGAGUCGUCUUCAAGCAGACAGUCUGUAUAACAGAAAAUACAGAGGAGUCAAAGACUGCAUUAAGCAAAGUUACUCUAAUGAAGGUAUUCAGGUAUUUUUCAGGGGAAUCACAGUAAAUGCCAUACGAGGCUUUCCAAUGAGUGCUGCAAUGUUUUUGACCUAUGAACUUUCAUUACGAGCCCUGAAGACAAGCAAGGAAUCAAAUUAAACACCUUUUCAAGAAAGUUAUAUUUUUAAGUUUGAUUUUGUUUCUUUUUGACAUUACAUUUCUUCAAUCUAUUGUUAUUAUAACAUAUGACUUGUGUAAUAAAAAGAGGAUAAUUA